AUAUAUAUUAAUUUAUAUUAAAGUGAUAUAUUUGUGAUACAAAAGUGAUAUUUGUUUGGGUGUUCAAAGGAAGCGUGCCCCCUUAAAAAUUUACAAUGAAGAACUACAUACACCAUCGUGUCUUCGCCUACAUCGCCACCAUAUUGGUCCACGUGGGUAACCUGGCCUAUCUGGACGGCAGCCUGCGCAGGAAGAUGCUCCUGUACCCAGACCUGAAGAUUUACACGCACUUCCAGCCCAGAUACCUCACCAUAUGGAACGUGUUGUUUCAGCUCCUAAACGCUGGCAUCGGCCUCUACAUAGACCUCAAAACGUUGCAGGGCAAGGGAGAGACGAUACCAAAGAGAUUGGUCAAGUUCAAAAAUACUUUCUUCAACUCCAUAGUUUUUCCAUACACGGUGUUGGUGGUAUCAUUAUUUUGGCCGAUAUUCGCGUACGACAGAAACCUAGUGUUUCCAACUAGGGCGGAUUUGUUCGUGCCAAAAAUAUGUAAUCAUGUAUUACACUCGUUCGUUCUUCCUGUCGUAUUGUGGGACCUGGCUUUUCAGCCGGGAAAUGUAGCAUCGUGUCAUAAGAAGAACUGCAUUUAUAUAUUUGUGAUGUACUGUUUAUACAACUGUGUAUUAUUCUACACGAAUUACGGUGACAUCGGUCUUUGGCCGUACCAAAUCCUAACAGUCCUGGAAGGGACAAUUUUCUUCCCGCUUUUCUUCCUUCAUAUAUUUGUCACUCUUUAUGUCAGUUAUUUCUUACAAUGGCGUAUAAGAACGAGCCUAUGCGCGCUCACAGAAAAAAUUAGUUUGAAAAGUGAAUAGCCAUAUUGAGUGCAGAUGUACUGGAUAUAUCUCACAUUAUGAGACGGCCGCGGCUUCACCCGAAAUAUUUGUGAAUAUAUUACUAACAGAAUUAUACAAUUACAAAAUAUGGAAAACAUGUUUGAACAGGCAAGACCCAGACUAAUGAGAAAACAUCGCAUUUUGACCGGGGAUUGGACCCGAGACCUUGAUUUAGAAGUAAGACUGCCUCGCGCCACAAAAGCUAACAAAAGCAUACUCUUGUACGCUGUUUUGCUUUUGUAUUGUUAUUAUUAAAAUAAGAAAAAUAAAUUUAUUUUUAAUGCUUCAAUUUUAUUUUUUCUAUGCUAGUAUUAUAAAGCAGAAGAGUUUGUUUAUUUGAACGCGCUAAUCUCAGGAACUACUGGUUCGAAUUGAAUAUACUUUUUGUGUUGAAUAGACCAUUUAACUAAAAAACGGGCAAAAAUUUAAAAAAAGCGGGUAGAAUUAUUCAUCCUUGAGGCUUCAGUGAUGCCCAAAAUAACUAUUCCUCGCGGACGAAGUCGCGGGCAU